UAGUUCAAUAUAGUCCUCCGAUCCAUAGAAAAUGGAACCUCAAGUAAGCUCAAAAAUGAAGAAGGUUCUUCUUGUCAUCAACUGUAUAAUUCUAGCUGUAGGAACCUGUGGUACCCCUUUGCUCAUGCGCCUUUAUUUCAUCAAAGGAGGCAAUAGAAUUUGGCUAUCAACCUGGCUACAAACUGUUGCUUGGCCAAUAAAUUUCAUCCCUUUGGCCAUUUCCUACUUCUAUCGUCGCAAAAUUAAUAUCAAUAUCAACAACAAUAAUAAUACGAAGGUCAUUCUGAUGACUCCCCGGAUUUUCGUGGCCACUAUAGGAAUCGGAGUCCUACAAGGAUUUGCCAACUAUUUUUACGCUUAUGGCGCAGCUAAAUUGCCUGUUUCGACUAGUGGACUUCUCUUUGCUACGCAACUUGCAUUCACUGCCGGCUUUGCUUUCCUUAUAGUGAAGCUGAAGUUUACUUCUUACUCAGUCAAUGCCGUCUAUUUGUUGACGGUUGGCGCAGUGCUUUUGGCGCUACACUCUGGAGGUGAUCAACCAGAGGGAGAGCCAAAGAAAGAGUAUAUUUUAGGGUUUAUCAUGACCCUAGCAGCUGCUGCUCUGUCUGGGCUUAUUUUUCCUUUGGUGGAGUUGAUUUACAAAAAGGCACAUCAAGCUAUUACUUAUACACUUGUGUUGGAGUUUCAGACAGUGUAUUGCUUUGUAGCCACUAUUGUUGCAACAGUUGGAAUGAUCAUUAACAAGGACUUUCAGGCAAUUUCAACGGAGGCAAAAGCAUUUGAACUUGGAGAAACCAGAUAUUAUAAUUUGAUAAUAUGGAGCACAAUAAUUUUGCAAUUCUACUUCUUAGGCACCAUUGGCGUCAUCUAUUCGGCUUCUUCUUUGGUGUCUGGGAUUUUGAUUUCCGUUCUACUACCUAUAACGGAAGUUUUAGCUGUUUUGAUCUACGGUGAAAAGUUCAGUACAGAAAAAGGAGUUUCACUUGCCCUCUCUCUAUGGGGAUUUCUUUCAUACUUUUACGGUGAUAUUAAAGAAAGCAAGAAGAAAGAAGAACAAUCUCCGGAAACAGAGAUGAUUGAUAGUAAAGCUUGUACUCCGUGAUUGAAAAGAAUGGUUAUUUCCAUGAAUAAUACAAGCAGUUGUAUAAUAUAUUUGGAUUUGUUCAAGUUAAGGAAUUGUGAUUGAAUAGUUAAAUUCAUUAUGAAAUUUCAAAAUUAAA